AUGUCGAACAAAACUGAAUCAUAUGAGUUCCAGGCUGAGAUCUCUCAGUUGAUGUCCUUGUUCAUUAACACUGUGUAUUCGAACAAGGAGAUCUUCCUUAGAGAGUUGAUCUCGAACGCCUCGGAUGCGCUGGACAAGAUCAGAUACCAGGCCCUCUCUGAUCCAUCUGUGCUCGAGACUGAGCCAGAGCUGUUCAUCAGAAUCACUCCAAAGCCAGAACAAAAGAUCCUUGAGAUCAGAGAUUCCGGUAUUGGUAUGACCAAAGCUGAAUUGGUCAAGAACCUUGGUACCAUCGCCAAGUCCGGCACCAAGGCUUUCAUGGAGGCCCUCUCCGCAGGUGCUGAUGUGUCCAUGAUUGGACAAUUCGGUGUUGGUUUCUACUCGCUAUUCUUGGUUGCCGACCGCGUUCAGGUGAUCUCGAAGAACAACGACGACGAGCAAUACAUUUGGGAAUCCAACGCUGGUGGAAAGUUCACUGUUACUCUUGACGAGGAGAACGAGAGAAUCGGCAGAGGUUCCAUUAUCAGACUGUUCCUGAAGGAUGACCAACUCGAGUACCUUGAGGAGAAGAGAAUCAAGGAGGUUGUGAAGAGACAUUCUGAGUUUGUUUCUUACCCAAUCCAGUUGGUUGUUACCAAGGAGGUCGAGAAGGAGGUUCCAGAAGAAGAAGAGAAGAAAGACGAGGAGUCUAAAGACGAAGAGUCCAAGGAGGCUAAGGUCGAAGAAGUCAAGGACGAAGAGGAGAAGAAGGAGCCAAAGAAAGUCAAGGAGCUUGUCACUGAGACCGAGGAGCUCAACAAGACCAAGCCAUUGUGGACCAGAAACCCAUCCGAAGUCACACAGGAAGAGUACAACGCUUUUUACAAGUCGAUCUCCAACGACUGGGAAGACCCAUUGGCUGUCAAGCACUUCUCUGUUGAAGGUCAAUUGGAGUUCAAGGCUAUUCUGUUCAUUCCAAAGAGAGCUCCAUUCGACUUGUUCGAGUCCAAGAAGAAGAAGAACAACAUCAAACUUUACGUUAGAAGAGUGUUUAUCACUGAUGAAGCUGAGGAGCUUAUUCCAGAGUGGCUCUCUUUCGUCAAGGGUGUUGUUGACUCUGAGGAUCUGCCAUUGAACUUGUCCAGAGAGAUGUUGCAACAGAACAAGAUCUUGAAGGUCAUCAGAAAGAACAUUGUCAAGAAACUCAUUGAGACCUUCAAUGAAAUCGCCGAGGACCAGGAGCAAUUCGACAAGUUCUACACCGCCUUCUCGAAGAACAUCAAGUUGGGUAUUCACGAGGACCAACAAAACAGAGGAGCUCUGGCCAAACUGUUGAGAUUCAACUCUACUAAGUCAACUGAUGAGCUGACUUCUCUGUCUGACUACGUCACCAGAAUGCCAGAACACCAAAAGAACAUCUACUACAUCACCGGUGAGUCUAUCAAGGCUGUUGAGAACUCUCCAUUCCUGGACGCUCUGAAAGCCAAGAACUUUGAAGUGCUGUUCUUGGUCGACCCAAUUGACGAGUACGCCAUGACCCAGCUGAAGGAGUUCGAAGACAAGAAGCUGGUGGAUAUCACCAAGGACUUCGAGCUUGAGGAGUCUGAGGAGGAGAAGAAGGAGAGAGAGGAGAUCACCAAGGCAUACGAACCAUUGACCAAGACUCUGAAGGACAUCCUGGGAGACCAAGUGGAGAAGGUUGUUGUUUCCUUCAAGCUUGUCGACUCGCCAGCUGCUAUCAGAACCGGACAAUUCGGAUGGUCUGCUAACAUGGAGAGAAUCAUGAAGGCACAAGCCUUGAGAGACACCUCUAUGUCUGCUUACAUGGCUUCGAAGAAGAUCUUUGAGAUUUCUCCAAAGUCUCCUAUCAUCAAGGCUUUGAAGGCAAAGGUUGAGGAAAGCGGUCCGGAGGACAAGGUUGUCAAGAACUUGACCACCCUGUUGUUUGACACUGCUCUGUUGACUUCUGGAUUCUCUCUGGACGAGCCAACCUCGUUCGCCAAGAGAAUCAACUCUUUGAUUGCCAUUGGUCUCAACAUCGACGAGGAGGCUGAGGCUCCUGCUGAACAGGCUACCGAAGCGCCAUCUGAAGAGGCUGUUGCUGAUUCCGCUAUGGAGGAAGUUGAUUAA